GGUCGCUUGCCGCUGCGCCUUUCCUGCGGGCAGCGCCCGGGCUCCGGUCGCGUGCUUCCCGGCCUCGGAGACCUGUCCACCUGGCGCUGUAGCAAGCUCCAGCUCAGAUCAUCAGAUAUUUGAUCCCAGAGGUUGGGGACCCCUGCUGGACACCAUUGGCCCACGGAAAACCGGAAGCUAUGCUUUGGGGUCCCUGGUUCCCCCAUUUCUCCUCGUGAGGGAGAGCAAGCCCCGGAGUUCACUGCUUCAGGAGAUGAUACACCGAAGUGCGGUGCUGUGUGAGUCAGAGACAGGAGGGGCCUGAGCCACCGGGCCUGAAUGUUGGCAGUGACACUGUUAAGAGGCUGGCAUUUAUUUCUGUUCUAACCAGCUACGGUAUAACUGUGAAAAGUAACUAUGCAUAUGUGUUGGUCAGCGAAACCAAGGAACAAGAGCUAUGGCAGUUGAGGAGGUCUGUCUGAUUCCAGGGUAUUUUUCCCCGGCUCCACCACCAGGGUUCUCCCUCCCACCUCAACAACCAUGUGGUACCCUCUGCCUUUUGACAGAGAUUAAGGACAUGUUCUUUGGCCUACAGCUAGAGCUCAGAAUCUGCUGGAGUAGGGUCAGAGACCAUUUCAGUCACAGCUGAGGAAGAUGAAAUUUCCAUUCUACUUGGUGCCUUGUCCAGGGAGCACACUAACUCUCCGGAAAGCGUGUUGAGUGAGAAGAGGCUGAGCCUGGCCCACUACAAGCCCGUGGUUAUGGCGAGUGAGCCAACGUGACCAGCGCGGGCAGGAGCCGCAGAGGGACUCAUGACGGGCUAUACCAUGUUGCGGAAUGGGGGUGCGGGGAACGGAGGUCAGACCUGCAUGCUGCGCUGGUCCAACCGCAUCCGGCUCACGUGGCUCAGCUUCACGCUCUUCAUCAUCCUGGUGUUCUUCCCCCUCAUCGCUCACUAUUAUCUCACCACCCUGGACGAGGCGGACGAGGCGGGCAAGCGCAUCUUUGGCCCGCGGGCUGGCAGCGAGCUCUGCGAGGUGAAGCACGUGCUGGACCUCUGCCGCAUCCGCGAGUCGGUGAGCGAGGAGCUCCUGCAGCUGGAAGCCAAGCGGCAGGAGCUGAACAGUGAGGUCGCCAAGCUGAACCUGAAGAUUGAGGCCUGCAAGAAGAGCAUCGAGAAUGCCAAGCAGGACCUGCUCCAGCUCAAGAACGUCAUCAGCCAGACAGAGCAUUCCUACAAGGAGCUGGUGGCGCAGAACCAGCCCAAGCUCUCCCUGCCCAUCCGCCUGCUCCCGGAGAAGGACGAGGCUGGCCUCCCGCCCCCCAAGGCCCAGCGGGGCUGCCGGCUGCACAAUUGCUUCGAUUAUUCCCGGUGCCCUCUGACCUCUGGUUUCCCCGUCUAUGUUUAUGACAGUGACCAGUUCGCCUUUGGCAGCUACCUGGACCCCUUGGUCAAGCAGGCUUUCCAGGCCGCGGCCCGAGCCAACGUUUAUGUCACCGACAGCGCGGACAUCGCCUGCCUGUACGUGAUCCUAGUCGGGGAGAUGCAGGAGCCCGCUGUGCUGCGGCCCGCCGACCUGGAGAAGCAGCUGUCCUCCCUCCCGCACUGGCGGAGGGACGGCCACAACCACGUCGUCCUCAGCCUGUCUCGGAAGUUGGACACCCAGAACUUACUGUACAACGUCAGCACCGGCCGGGCCAUGGUGGCCCAGUCCACCUUCUAUGCGGCCCAGUACCGGCCUGGCUUUGACUUGGUGGUGUCGCCCCUAGUCCACGCCAUGUCGGAGCCCAACUUCAUGGAAAUCCCACCACAGGUGCCGGUGAAGCGGAAAUACCUCUUCACCUUCCAGGGCGAGAAGAUCGAGUCACUGAGAUCCAGCCUUCAGGAGGCCCGCUCCUUUGAGGAGGAGAUGGAGGGGGACCCCCCGGCCGACUACGAUGAUCGGAUCAUCGCCACCCUCAAGGCCGUCCAGGACAGCAAGCUCGAUCAGGUCUUGGUGGAAUUCACCUGCAAGAGCCAGCCGAGAGCCAGCCUGCCGACUGAGUGGGCGCUGUGCGGCGAGCGGGAGGACCGCCUGGAGCUCCUGAAGCUCUCCACCUUCGCCCUCAUCAUCACGCCGGGGGACCCGCGCCUGCUCGUGUCCUCGGGGUGCGCCACCCGGCUCUUCGAGGCCCUGGAGGUCGGGGCUGUCCCGGUGGUGCUGGGGGAGCACGUGCAGCUCCCCUACCAGGACGUGCUGCAGUGGAGCGAGGCGGCGCUGGUGGUGCCCAAGCCGCGGGUCACCGAGGUCCACUUCCUGCUGCGGAGCCUCUCGGACAGCGACCUGCUGGCCAUGCGGCGCCAGGGCCGCUUCCUCUGGGAGACCUACUUCUCCACCACGGACAGUAUCUUCAGCACCGUGCUGGCCGUGAUCCGGACGCGCAUCCAGAUCCCUGCCGCUCCCAUCCGGGAGGAGGCGGCGGCCGAGAUCCCGCACCGCUCGGGCAAGGCGGCCGGCACCGACCCCAACAUGGCGGACACCGGGGACCUGGACCUGGGCCCGGUGGAGACCGAGCCGCCCUACGCCUCGCCCAAGUACCUCCGCAACUUCACGCUCACCGUCACCGACCUCUACCGCAGCUGGAACUCCGCCCCGGGGCCUUUCCAUCUCUUCCCCCACACGCCCUUUGACCCCGUGCUGCCCUCGGAGGCCAAGUUCCUGGGCUCAGGGACCGGAUUCCGGCCCAUUGGCGGCGGGGCCGGGGGCUCUGGCAAGGAGUUUCAGGCGGCGCUGGGAGGCAACGUCCCUCGGGAGCAGUUCACGGUGGUAAUGUUGACUUACGAGCGGGAGGAGGUGCUCAUGAACUCCUUAGAGAGGCUGAACGGCCUCCCGUACCUGAACAAGGUCGUGGUGGUGUGGAAUUCUCCCAAGCUGCCGUCAGAGGACCUGGUGUGGCCUGACAUUGGGGUCCCCAUCAUGGUGGUUCGUACUGAGAAGAACAGUCUGAACAACCGAUUUCUGCCAUGGAAUGAAAUCGAGACAGAGGCCAUCCUGUCUAUUGAUGAUGACGCUCACCUCCGCCAUGAUGAAAUCAUGUUUGGGUUUCGGGUGUGGAGAGAAGCACGGGACCGCAUUGUGGGUUUCCCUGGCCGCUACCACGCGUGGGACCUCCCUCAUCAGGCCUGGCUCUACAACUCCAACUACUCCUGUGAGCUGUCCAUGGUGCUGACAGGUGCUGCCUUCUUCCACAAGUAUUAUGCCUACCUGUAUUCUUACGUGAUGCCCCAGGCCAUCCGAGAUAUGGUGGAUGAAUAUAUCAACUGUGAGGACAUCGCCAUGAACUUCCUCGUCUCCCACAUCACUCGGAAACCCCCCAUCAAGGUGACCUCACGGUGGACUUUCCGAUGUCCAGGAUGCCCUCAGGCUCUGUCACACGAUGAUUCCCACUUCCACGAGCGGCACAAGUGUAUCAACUUCUUUGUCAAGGUGUACGGCUACAUGCCCCUGCUGUACACGCAGUUCCGCGUGGACUCUGUGCUCUUCAAGACCCGCCUGCCCCACGACAAGACCAAGUGCUUCAAGUUCAUCUAGGGGCACUGCACGGCGGGGAGAGGACGAGCAGAGCGAGGGAGGCGGCUCGGGGGCCCUGCACACUGGAGGGCCUGAGGGACGCCCGCCGUGGUCGGGCCAGGCCCUCUGCUGGGAGAGGCGCAGGGAGGCGGGAGGGGCGGGCUGCCUUGCUCUUGAAGUUGGCGGCACUGGGCCCGGAAGCCUGGUCCCAGGCCACCAGGGCUCCCUAACAGGGCACUGACGAUAGCUUACACUGAGGACCAUGGGGACUCUGGGGAGUCACUCACACAGCUCAUGAGCCCAGCACAGCUGGCUUGUGGUUUUUUAAUUCACUAACAACUAUUAUUAUUAUUUAAAAAGUUUCAGAUUUGCCAUUCAAGGUUUAUUUAUAUAUAUGUAUGUAUAUAUACACAUAUGUGUGUGUGUGUAUAUGUGGGUAUAUACAGAUAUAUGCACACACACUCACAGACAUAUACAUAUGUAUGUAUUUGAGGGGGAGCUUGGCGUUUCUGCCCAUCUCACAAAGUGAGGGUCCCACCAUGGUGGUCUGUAUUUUGGUGGAGAAGGGUCCUGGCCUUCCUGUACCUGGCUCAUCCUUAAAGAUGGUCUCCAUCCUCCCCAGGAGCUGUGUGUGCAGAAUCGAGAAAGGGCUGGCGUGGCACCGGGGGGUCUUACAUGGGUUAAGACCUGUGGGUUGGCUCCUUCCCCGCCUCCUGUUGGCAGCAGCACUCUGUGGCUCGCGUUGUCCUGCACUCGAGUUCUCAGUGGGACGGAGGGCCUGCAUAUUUGGGGGCAGCUGGGCUUCCCUGCCUGGGACAGGUAGGUCGAGGACUUCCUGCUGCCUGUGCUGUCUGUGUAUUUGACCUGGCUCCCCUUUCCCCGCUGUCUGAGAGUGAGGACAGGAAGGACUGAGACCGCAGAUAGACCCCCAAAUGGUUAAUUUUGUUUGACCCUCCUUUUAAAGACCUGUUGUGCUUUGGCUGCAGACUUUCCUGAAGGUUCUCUCACGUAGAGAGCAGAUGCCUGGCCACUACACUUCAGGGGGGUCUGAGUGGUUGGUUGCAGGUCGGCCGGCUCUCUCUGGCUCAGAGCAAGUGAGCACAGCACCCUUUGAUCCCCACCCGGCUGGCCGGGAGCCACAGCAAGGCACCUGCCUUGGGAUGAUACCUGGGUGAAAUUCACCUUCCCCACCCCAUCUGGACCCGCAUCCUGUAGUUCCUAGAUCCUUCAGGCUGGGUGGGUGCCAGGCCCCGCCGCCGGGGUUAGUUUGGUCUAUGUCAGAAUGAUGGGAGGAUAGGAUUUGUUGGGUUAAGCUCAAAUCCAGCCUGAAAUUGAACAGGUGUUCACAUCCCAUAUUCCCACUUCCCCCUGUGGGUUUCAGUCUCUCUUUUCCUGGGCUGAAAUAGAAGGAAGCUAACUUUUUUUCUUUUCUGGUGGUGGCAGCAGUAGGGGAACUGAAGAGAGUGGUGUCACUGGUGGUGGCUGGGAUGUAGCACGUGGCCUCUGCCGUUAUUUCUGGACCCCCCUUCCUCCGGUGAGGCUGAGUCUAGGAGGUUCCCCUCAGUGACGGAACACAAGCUCGGGCCUGUCCUGGGCACACACAUGCCUUAAGCCAGCUCCCUCUUCCCCAGACCUCCACCUUCCACGCACCUGUUUCCAGGGGGCACAUCCCUCUCUGACCUUCCUGCCCCCCAGAGGGUCCUCUUCAAGUGUCACCUGAAGCCAGCUCUGUCCUCGAGAGAGCACCCCCCUGGAGGGCUGCUGGACCUGAGGGACCCGCCCCAUCGGCAGGCAGGACUGGGCUGUGUCUUCCUGAACUCCCUGCUGGCAUCUCCCUGUGUCUCCCCUGCUGAGGCUGCUUCCUAGGAAAUGAGCUCUGCUGCUCGGCAGCCCAGCAAAGGGGUCCAGACCCCCACCUCCUGACUUUCUAAUUACUCCUUCUUUGACCCUGGACUUGAUUCUUUUUAGCAGUAGCCUUCUUCCCUUUGGGAAGCCAAAGAGUGUGGUGUUUUGAGCUAUAAAUGUGGCUGCUAUUUUUAUCUUGUCUCUCUUAAUGUGAGGAACCCCUGGACGGCCUCUGAGCAUGGGGUCCCUGGUGAGAAAGUAGCUGUGUCAGGACCCGCCGAGGGGGAGCCAGGGCACGGGGUCCCUGGUGUCAGGACAGAUCCGGAGCAGCUGGUGCUCUGAGGUGGGGGAUGACAUCACAGGACACUGUGGGGUGGUGGGGGGAGGUGACGUCAGCGCAGACGAGGGGCGCCGUCUGACCUGAGCGCGGCACUGACUUGGAGGAGCCGGGAGUGCAGGCUCCGGUGGACACGGGCUGGGUCUGUAAAGGACACGCCUCACGGCGAGAGGCGGGGGCAGGGCUCUCGGGGGCCUAGUCGGGUCUCCCAGAAAACAGCGUCACAUUUUGCCAGGCGGGUUCGGGGGCCGCCCAGAUCCAGGCUUCCAGUGCCUUUGAUGCCUGUUCACCUUGGGGAGUCCAGAGUUGUCUGCGCCACCUGGCUGACUCCUGGAGCCUGGCACAGCCCUGCCGGCACCCGAGACGUCGUCAGCUGUCCCGGGAGCGCCCACUGCCGACUGCGCUCGCGGAGCCCAGCGCACCCUUGCUCCCCAGUGGGCCAGUCUGCUCCCUCCCGAGAGACCCCCGCCUGAGGGGAGGCGCCCACCAGACCUGCGCCGGGGCCCCCGCCUGUGUGCGCCGCCGCUCCAGCAGGGCCCGGGCGCCCUGCCCCGAGGAGUCCCCGCUCCGGAGUGGCCUGCCAGUGCUCACGCUCUGGAGGGGCAGGCUCUCCUAGUACUCAUGCCGUGUGCAUCCUCCCCACCCCUUUUCCAGUCAUGAGCACAAUGGUCUUACGUUGGGUUUUUGUAAAAAAAAUAAAAAAUGGAGACUACAAGCA